CUCUUCCGCAGCCGACCGGAUUUCCUCAGUCUUCAUUGUCUUCGUCGUUUAAUCACUCCAAUACUUCCGUUCGGAAGUACGCUUCGCGUUAUCACGCCGCCUCUGUGCCUUUUAAUUCGCCCCGUCCUCCCGUUCCACUCUUCAACAGUUCCGGUAGUUAUUCCACUUGGAAUCGUCAGUAUCAGAAACAGCUACAGUGGAAACAGUUUCAGAAUUACCAGCGUCGCCGCCUCAUGUCGCAGUCUAAUCUCAUCCAAGGCCUGGAAAUGUCUGAUUUUUUUAAUGAUAUCCCGUCGCACCCCUUUGGGAACGACUUCGACACCACUGUGCUCUCCCCUCAGCAAUUCUCUACUGCGGGUUUGGGGCCAGUUCCUGACUCGAUAGCUGGUGCUCCCUCGGGCACUAUCUCGCCCCAGGAUCUGAUGAUGGAUGCCUCGGCCCCGCCGUCGGCUUCUCUUACGGAUUUGAGCACGCCGUCCUUCGAGUCGCCCGGAUAUUUCAGCCAAGACCCUUCCCCCAUGUUCACGGAGUUGGAGUUCCCGCCAGGCCACGAGCAGUGGGAUCCUCUUUUCCCCACUAAUGACACCGAUGCCUUCUCGGCUGCAUUUGACUCUACUGCCAUGGAGGUCGCCGCGGCCAUGCCUCCCCCUAAGGCUUCAGUCCUCCCUGUUCCUCCAUCUCCGGUGGUCAAUGUUCCCUCGUCUCCUGCACCUCAACUCGCUCCUUCUCCUUCUCCUUCGCGUGCGUCCUCUACCAAACCUUCGUCUGUCGCUGGAGUAAAUGCUCGUCAGCGCAAGCCUUUGCCUGUCAUCAAGUUUGACUCGAACGACCCAGUUGCAAUGAAACGUGCCCGGAAUACCGAGGCCGCCCGCAAGUCUCGAGCUCGCAAGUUGCAGCGACAGGAUGAAUUGGAACACCGAAUUGCUGAGCUUGAAAGUUCUCUUGAGGAGUCGCAGAAGCGUGAGGCAUACUGGAAGGCUCUUGCCCAGAACAAGGCAUAAUUUAGUUUUGUUGCUUUUUAGUUCUAUAUCCCCGCUGUGUUGGCGUGUUGUUUUCCGGGUUGUUUAUUAUGUGGUUUUUGAGCGGUGAGCGGAGCCUUGAGCCCUGUCACUGUACGUCAGACGUAAUUGUCAGUUUUGGCGGUUAAAAGUUUCUUAUCGUUUUCUUUUUUUGGUUCUAUGUUUUUCUGCGUGUUGGCCGAUCGGUUCUGACGUCUCCUACGACUGUUUUGCGGUUGUAGUACGAUUGACUCGUGAUCGUGCUUAAUAGUUUGCUUACUUUUUAUCGCUACCAGAUUGUCAACUUGAAUUCAAUUCACUACGUCCAUAUCAAAUUCGUACAAGUAG